UUCAUACCAAACGUUUGUUUUCAUGUCUGAAUGUCAUAUAUCGUAGUCAAUGUGAAUCACCACAUAGGCUAUGGUGGCUAUUUGUUUUAAAACCCGUGACAUAUGGAUUAAAGCGAAAUGACGAACAUCACACUUAAUACCACUACAACACAACGACUGCAACAAUCAAUCAUUUAAAAUGGAUAACAGACGUGCUUAAUUGACCGGAUUACUGAAAAAACAGGGGGGAUAUCCCGCAGUCGGAUUUGGGUGCUUUCCAUGGUGCUGAAAAUGUAUAGGCGUAUUUUGUCUUUGACUCCAUGCUGUACUCUGAAAACCCUAACUUGGCAUGAUUGCAUAAAUCUUUCAAUGUAGCUUUAGAUGUAUAUUAUCAAUUGCCCAUGCUUUGUUUUGUUUUUUGUAUGUGUGGCUUUAUUCGGCAAAAAUCAAUUGUUGUAUUUAAUGCUGAACCGGUUUUGACUGAAUUAUCUCUCAAUAGUGGCAAUGCCUUGAAUCAUUAUCAUCAUUAUUUUCGCUUUGCUUUACAUCACUUGUAUACACUUUCCUUUUCUGUAGUAAAAAUCAAAUUUUUUUACUCUUUGAACAAAUAUGUUAUGCGCACAUGACGGAUUUAGAACGUUAAGCUACAACCAGUGUUUCCAUGUGAGAUCAUGAGGUGCUGUUAACAUUUGGAGCAACGUUCAUGUCUAUGUUUUACCACGUGGGGUCGCAAAUGACCACAAGUUUUUUUUUGUGAGCUCGUUGUUUUCAGUCUCCUCCUUCCCUUGUGACGCGCAGCAGAUUGCGAGUGCUUUGUGGUGCGAUAGCGAUGAAAAGCAGAAGACUGGAGUGGAUAGGAAUAACAAUGCUGGCCGAUCGAGUCGCGUUUUGUGGAUGAAUACAAUUCGGACGGCGACUUGGUCUUUAAAAGCUGUGAUGGGCAUCAAGAGGAGUAACGAGAUCCUCCGUUGGCUGUUGCUUCUGUUUUUAUCUGACUGGUCUGUGGCUCAGAUAUCAUACUCUGUUUCCGAGGAGGUGGACAAAGGAACUGUGGUGGGGAAUGUGGCUAAGGAUUUAAACGUCAACGUUCGGGACUUGCAAACAAGGAAUCUGAAUAUCGUGUCUGGAUACAGUAAGAAAUAUUUCGAGGCAAAUGUUAAGACGGGGGAUAUUUAUGUUAACGAGAGAAUAGACCGCGAGGAGCUCUGUCCAAACGCAAUCAAAUGCACACUAAACUUCGAGGCCAUUCUGAGCAAUCCUAUGAUACUCCACCGAAUUGAGGUGGUCGUUGUUGAUUUAAAUGAUAACGCACCAACAUUUGUCGAGAAGUCACAUACAAUUAACAUAUACGAAUCUUCACAAACGGGCGAGCACUUUUUGCUUCCUCUGGCUCUUGAUGCAGAUACAGGCAGCAAUUCAGUAAAAACAUACAGGCUAAGUCCGAAUGAAUACUUCUCCUUAGACGUACAGAGCAGUGGAGAACACAGUGUGUCUGCUGAAUUGGUCGUGGCAAAAGCUUUGGAUAGAGAAAAACAAGAUGUUGUUAAACUAACACUGAUCGCUGUAGACGGAGGCAAACCUCCCAAAAGCGGAUCUGUACAGAUACAUGUAAAUGUUUUAGACGUCAAUGACAACACGCCAUCCUUUAGUAAAACGCUUUACAAGGCACGAAUUAAAGAAAAUUCUCCAGUUGGCUCAUCGGUAAUUCAUCUUAAUGCCACAGACUUAGACGAGGGGGAAAACGGGAGGGUCGUUUACUCCUUUGUGAAGCGUGCAAACUUCAAUCCUGCAGAUGUGUUUUCCAUGAAUGUAGAAACAGGCGAGAUAACAGUGAAGAGCAAUUUGGAUUACGAAGUACAGUCCGCUUAUGAAAUCCACGUUCAAGCGACAGACAGGGGUCUCUCGCCACGGAGGGCAAAUGGGAAGCUGCUGGUGGAGGUAGUUGAUGUGAACGAUAAUGCCCCAGAAAUUGUUGUGACGUCACUCAUGAACCCAGUGAAAGAAGAUGCUGACAUAGGAAACGUUGUUGCUUUGGUGACAGUGACUGAUAAAGACGGUGGAAAAAACGGACACACCGAUUGUAAAUUAGUUGGCUCGGCACCAUUUAAGCUAAAACCUAAUUACAAGAAUUACUACUCUUUACUAGUAGGUGGACCGCUUGAUAGAGAAGAAUACUCAUUUUACAACGUCACGAUUAAGGCGACAGAUGAAGGAACUCCGCCAUUAUCCACCAGCAGCGUCAUUACAGUUCAGAUUUCUGACGUUAAUGACAACGCACCUCGUUUUCUUGAACCAUUUAUUAACAUGUACGUAAAAGAAAACAGUCCAGUGGGAACUCGUAUCUAUACAAUAUCUGCAGUCGACCCUGACAUUAAUGAAAACGCAAGAGUGGCAUAUUCAUUUUAUAGUGAUUCAAAAAGCAUUACUGUAUCUUCUGUGGUAAACAUAAACUCAGAGACUGGAGAUAUAUUCAGUUUGCAGUCGUUUAACUAUGAGGAGUUAAAAACGUUUCAGUUCAAAGUUCAGGCCACAGACUCUGGUGUUCCUCCGCUCAGCAGCAAUGUGACAGUGAACGUUUUUAUCCUGGAUGAAAAUGACAACAAUCCCGUGGUUCUUGCGCCCUAUUCUGAGCACGGCUCCGUUAACAGUGAGAGCAUCCCCUAUAAUGUUGAAGCGGGACACAUUGUGGCAAAGAUCAGGGCUGUAGACGCAGACUCUGGGUACAACGCGCUGCUUUCUUAUCAACUCUCUGAGCCAAAAGGAAACAACCUCUUCCGGAUCGGAACCAGCACCGGGGAAAUCAAGACUAAGAGGAGAAUGAGUGACAAUGAUCUGAAAUCUCACCCCUUGGUGGUGCUGGUUUCUGAUAACGGAGAACCCUCCCUGUCAGCUACUGUGUCUAUAGAGGUGAUGGUGGUUGAAAACUCAGCUGACAUCCAGACUCAGUUCAGACAUGUGCCCAUAAAGGACGAGAGCUUCACUGAUUUAAACCUAUAUCUGCUGAUCGCCAUUGUAUCGGUGUCAGCCAUCUUUCUGCUCAGCCUCAUCAGUUUAAUAGCUGUCAAAUGCCACAGGACAGACAGCAGUUUCAGCAGGUACAGCGCCCCCAUGAUCACCACCCAUCCAGACGGGAGCUGGUCUUACUCUAAAGCUACUCAGCAGUAUGACGUCUGUUUCAGCUCAGACACGCUCAAGAGUGACGUAGUGGUUUUCCCCGCACCAUAUCCACCUGUAGAUGCGGAGCUGAUCAGUAUUAACGGAGGAGACACGUUUACCAGGACUCAGACUUUACCUAACAAAGAGACGGUGAGUUACUGAUUACUAAAAUGUGGAUGUACGUGAAAUUAAGAUGUGGGGAAACAGCUCAGGGACAUAUUCAGAAUCUGUAGACAUUUGGUUGAUUAUCGUAUAUUUAUGAGUAUAUGUUAACGCAGUCCAGAUUUGUUUUCCUCAAUUGCCUGAAAGUUUUCGGUACAGAACAGAUAUUGUGGCAUGAUGAUAAUGAAUGAAUCAAUUCUGACAAUUUAAGCACCUAAGUCGUUGAUACUUUGAGAGUUACCCCACUGACCAGCUGCGACGCUGUCCAUGGUGCUGAGUGCUGAACUCCUAAGUGGGACUGCUUGACUUACAUAAUUAAGUUCUUACUAGCAGAUUAUGUUGAUUUUGUAACGUGUUUUCCCUGACAACACAUGUUACAUACAUUGUAUUUAUACACCAUUUCCACAAAAUAAAAAUUUUACAGUGCUUUGCCCGACUGCACAAACAUAGUUCAGUAUUAAUGUCACUGUACACUACCACGAAAGAAACAGAUGAUGUCGCUGGAGACCAUAAUAUCUGUGUUGCCCAUGUUUCUCCCAAGACCCCUCCUUUGUGUUUGAAGCAGUAUAGUCCAUUGGUGCUUUGUCAGAAACAGAAAUAGCCACAAAACAGAAGGGGCUUCGUCUGCGAUUCACAAUAAGUGUGGAAUUG